AUGUCGUCAGCAGGUUUCAAACCUGCGCAGUCCAGUUGCAUGGUCGUAACUCUACAGUACGUCCAGGCUUGGGCGGGACCUAUGGGACCCCAACGCUCUGGUGGAUUUGUUGAUGCAAUUGAUGCGGGCUUGCCAGUCAAUCUCACAAAUGACAAAGGUGCAUCCGAGAAACAAGACGACCUUAUUGAUGAUCGCAGCAUAUGCAGGCCACGGGGGAUUGACGGACUUCUGCAACGGAAAGCAGAUCCAAAUAGGCUCAACGAUCUUGGUCAAUCUAAUAUUGCUGGCGCUGUGUUUAAGUUGCACGAUGAGGUGCGUAUUCUGGCUGAGGCUGGCGCAGAUCCGAGAAUAGGCAAACCCAUCGCAAUAGAGGCAGCUCAUAUAUUUGGUCGGGAGGAGUUGAUGGAAGUACUCGGCGCAAAGCAGGGUGACAUCGGCACUGAUGUGCCUACCCCUUCUAGUGCACGUUCCGAUAGAUAA